UUAUCAGACCAUUUUUCCAUCCAAAUCUCAAAAUUCAAAUAUCGCACCAGCACAAUUUUCUGUCUUUCUACCUAUUUUUUUAAAAAUAUUUUCUCAAAACUCGAAUAUUAUUUUCCCCAGAAAAUUUCCAGAUCAUAUUCAUCCGUUCUCUGUUUCAUCGAGCUCUGCUAUUUUAUUUUUUUUUAUGUCAAAAAAUACGCAAAUGGAUCAAAGUUAAAGACUUUCUUCCUCUGGUUUCAUGCCCAGCUUCUCAGGUUUUUAAUUUCUGACAUAUCUUGAUUUUUGCGUUGCUGUAUCAUUUUUCUAAGGAAAAAAAAUCCGCAGAGAUUAGUGUUAGUUUUGGUUCAGUGGAGUUUUGGAGGAGAAAUGGAGUGUUGAUGUGUAGUUUAUGCAUGAGUCGUUAAGCUUUUAAAUAUGGAAGCAAGGGAUGGAAUUGGCAGUGCAGUCACGGUGGUGGGAUCAGAUGAUCCAUCGGAGUACCAUGUAGCUCCCCGGACGGAGAACCCAGCAACGACUGGCGGAUCAACAACGCCUGCGCCGGCUCCGCCGGCUCAAGGGAGUGCUCGUCCGCCACAGACGGCAGCGGCGGGAGGUACCCCGACAACCAUGAUGAUGCCGGGGAAGAAGAAAAGAGGCCGACCGAGAAAGUACGGACCAGACGGGUCGGUGACCAUGGCUCUGUCUCCUAAACCAAUAUCAUCUUCGGCUCCACCCCAAGUCAUCGAUUUCUCCGCAGAUAAGCGCGGGAAAGUGCGUCCAGCUAGUUCGGUCAGCAAAUCCAAAUUCGAGGUCGAGAAUUUAGGUGAAUGGGUUGCAUGCUCUGUAGGUGCUAAUUUUACACCCCACAUAAUCACUGUUAAUGCUGGGGAGGACGUUACUAUGAAGAUAAUAUCAUUUUCUCAGCAAGGACCUCGAGCUAUAUGUAUUCUUUCUGCAAAUGGUGUCAUAUCAAGUGUCACACUUCGUCAACCUGACUCUUCUGGGGGCACAUUGACCUAUGAGGGACGUUUUGAAAUUCUGUCGUUGUCUGGGUCGUUCAUGCCAAGUGAAAGUGGGGGAACACGGAGCAGAUCUGGCGGCAUGAGCGUUUCUUUGGCGAGUCCAGAUGGUCGUGUUGUAGGUGGCGGUGUGGCAGGUCUUUUAGUAGCAGCAAGUCCCGUGCAGGUAGUGGUAGGAAGCUUUCUGGCUGGAAACCAGCAUGAGCAGAAACCAAAGAAACAGAAAAUUGAGGUGAUAUCCACAGCCAUACCAACCGCUGUUGUUCCCUUGUCUGCUGUCACUGAUCCAGUCCCUCUCCUCACCUCUCCGUCUUCCUUCCGCGGUGAAAAUUGGUCCACAAUUCCGGCAGAUAACCGGAAUAACACCACCACCAACGCCAACACCAACAAUAAUACUAAUGGUAAUAAUGAUAAUAAUAAUAAGCCAGCUGAUAUUAAUGUGUCAUUGUCUGGAGGGUAAUUGCAUCCCAUCUGCCAUCUAUAUUUGUUGCUGACGACGUUGUAAUGGAGCUCCUAAUUGAUGAGUUUGUUUUUCUAUUGCUUAUUGUGACUGUAAGCUUAUUGACAGUAUCUUAGGACCACCUUGUUGUUUUCCGACAUUUACAGGCUUCCUUUCCCUGUACAAUUCAGUUAGGUGAUUAGAUCUGCCUCUGCAGCCAAUGUGUUGUCGUGUUAGGUAUUCGAGUCACGUUUCUUGGGAGUGAUAGAUUGUGAAAUCCAAGCCAUUCCUUUUAUGUGAAUGCGUUUCUUUGUGCUUUUGGUAGCA